GCUCAACGCAUGAUGUCACGAUCGAGAAAAUCGGUCGGAUGUACUUUAGAGCACGAUAAUCCCGAGAUAUGAAGCCGCUGAUUCGGGAGCCCCUAUAUAUAGCUGGCUAGCGCAACCAAGCUUCACUCCGCGUCUAAAGCAGUCGACCCAAGCAUUCAAAAUGUUGCUCCGCGUCAUCACCUGCACCGCUCUCGUCGGAACCGCCUUAGGUGACUCGGCGGCCAACAUGAUGAUGGACCGCAUCCUCAAAGAUUUAUGGACUGAGAUUGAGCACGCUGGAUUGCAGCCGACCGCUCUCAGCCCAUUUAAUCUCAGAGUGAAAGCCAGUGAUGACACCCAAAAGGACUUCAAGGCCAACUUCACCCAGGGCUCACUCCACGGUCUCCGUCUGUUGGAGCGACACGGAAACUGUGAACACGGAUUCUUCAGGGUCGCCUGCUAUGUCUCAUUGGGAUCACUUCGCGCUGUGGUGAAUGCUGACGUGGAGGGUGACCUGAAUGGCGAGAAGCCGCACAGCAUCUCGAUUUCGUCCAAGGUUCACCAGAGCUUCCUCAGAAUCAAGUUCUACGGAGGGAAAGGCAGUCCGGCGCAGCUAAUUCCCCUGACUGUGGGUCCAAUCGAUCUUGUAUCCAAGGUUGAACAAGGCAAAAUUGACAUCGAGCGCCGCCGCUUCUAUGACUUCGAGGAACAGACCGAAAGGAACGUCGCUCGACAGAUCUCGUCGAUCCUCAGCGGAAGAUUCAGCGCUGUCCUCCACACUGUUGCCAGCCGCCACUUGAUGCCCUGAUUCCAGCUCCGCUCUUUCUCCAGUCCUCGUCGGAACUUAAACGAUGCGACUUGACCAGGGAAAUAAUAAAUGACGAAGGUCAUUCGAAAC